CUCAAUGUUCAUCCACGCGGUUACCAAGAACGAGCUUAGACAGCAUACGGAAAGGUCCUGUACCAACAAAAAGGAAUUUUUAAACAAUUCGUACCUACGUCCAUACGUGAUUCGCAAGAAUACAUCAUGAAGAUACUCGUAGCAAUAUUGGGUCUGCUAACGAUAGCUCAGGCACAAUUCAACAGAUACCCUGAUUAUUAUGGCAGACGUAUCGGCAUUCUUCGACAAUCUCAGGACACCUCGGUUGAUGGUUCUUACGCCUACAGUUACGAUACCGAAAAUGGAAUCUCCGUGGCUGAGGAAGGCCGUCCGAAGAAUCUUGGUCUUGCCGGACAAGCGGAAGUUGUUCAAGGACGCUUCAGCUACACGGCACCAGGUGGCAUACCAAUUUCUGUAAGCUACAUUGCCGAUGAAAAUGGCUACCGAGCGAGUGGUGCUCAUCUACCAACACCACCACCAAUCCCAAUUGCCAUACAGCGGGCCUUGGCCUACAAUGCUGCUCAUCCUGAGGAAGAUGAAUCUCGAAGGAGAUACUAAUUCUCUGAAAUGAUUUACUUCUCAACAUUUCGACCAUAUUUGAUAAAACUGUUCUUUUGUAACCUUGAUAUACAAUCCUUAUGCAAUCCCAUUACCUUAAAACUUCGCUGUACUCCUCUAUUGUAAUGUAAAUGCCUUACGGUAAUAAAUUAAUAACGACCGAUAAAAA